CUCGUGUCCAUGGAAACGUGGCCUAUCUCAGACGCCGCGCUCGUCGUAGGCUCUCCCCAACUACACAAUGGCGCACCCCGGCUGGAAUGAAGACACGGGUGGGGCGGUCUAUCGUUCUCGGGAUCCCAUCUGCAACCUCCGGAUCAGGGUUUGCCUCCAGCGGGUGACUUCCACCAGCCUCCUGCUGCAGCAGCUUCACCAGCCUUCCUGCCAGCCAGGCCAGCAGCUCAUCAGCUUGGCCACUCUUGGCUCUCACAACACAGCAAGUGGGUACCGUCCGAAUGAGGAAGAAGAGGAGGCCGUGAUUGGCUGGCAAGAGAAACUCUUUAGCCAGGGUGUUCUGUCCUGUGUUCAGUUUGAGGUGGAUCUAUACCAGAAUGAGUCUGCUUGCCAGAGCCCACUGGACCGGCAGUACCACCAGGACAUCCUGAAGCUGGAGAGGUCUGGGGGACGGAAGAACUGCCGGAUCUUCACAUACACAGAUCAUGACCGCUUCACCAACAUGGAGGAGCACUGCAAGCAGAUGACCACAUCUGCCCAGGAAGCACCUUCGUACUUGGCAGAGAGGAUGGCCAACGUGAGAAGAAGAAGGCAGGAGCGCAAGCCAAUGGAAGGCAGCGCUUUCAAAUCCCGCAUUAUCACCUGGGAGCCCUCAGAAGAGUUCAUCAAGAACAACCAUGUUAUCAACACCCCCGUGCAGACCAUGUACAUAAUGGCAGACCUGGGACCCCAGGACAAACUCAGCUGCGGCGACUGCGAGCACGUCCUUUGCACAAUCAGGGUGGACAGCAAUGGAGUCAUCACAAUCAAGCCAGAUUUCACAGGCGCAAAAGGGGCUUACCGGAUUGAGCUGGAAGGUGAAAAGCGGGAGCUGUGGAAGUACACUCUGGAGAAUGCCUCAGCUGUAGUGCAGCGGGAGGAAGAGGAGCGAGAGCAGCGCGUCUUCAAGGACUUGUACAGUCGACACAAGGAGUAUCUCCAAGGACUCGUUGGCUCUGACUUUGAGAUGACUCUUCCUGGGUCUCUGCGACUCUUCAUUAACGGUGAAAUUGUUUCAGCCCAGGGCUACGAGUACGACAAUCUCUACGUCCACUUUUUCCUGGAGCUGCCCAGCCGCUGGUCAUGCCCUCCAUCCCAACAGCUGUCUGGAGUGACACAGACCUGUGCCACCAAGGUUGUGGGCAAGGACAGGGUGGCCUUUUUCUGCUUCCCUUUCACUCUGGAGGUGUUCUUUACCCAAGAGGAUGAGUUGGAAGGCUCUCUCCCCCAGUGGCCUGUGCUCUACUUCGAGGUCCUCUCCUUGGAUUUCUGGCAGAGGUAUCGCAUCGAAGGCUACGGGUUUGUGAUGCUGCCAGCAACACCAGGGGUUCAUACCUUGACUGUUUCCACGUGGCGUCCAGUGGAACUGGGCACUGUCUCAGAACUGCGGAGGUUUUUCAUUGGGGGAUCUCCAGAACUUGAAGACUUGACCUACACCAGGGUGCCCAGCACCUUCCAGCAGGGUGACCGUCUGAGCCGAUUUGGCUUCCGCACAGAGACAACAGGCAGCGUCAUUUUCAGGCUGAACUGCCUGCAGCAGUCCAAGGCUUUCCUGGAGUCCAGCUCUAUGAAGAAGCGCAUGCAAAGUGUCCUGGACCGGCUAGGCGGCUUCAGCCAGCAGGGCUCCCUCUAUGGUGUCCUAGAGGCAUUCCAGCGGGCUCGGCGACGGAUGCAGCAAGCCCGAGAGAGUCUCCCCCAGGACUUGAUCAGUACUUCCGCUGCCCAGCUGUGAAUUCCACAUGUGCCAGCCUUUUCACAGGUCCUCACAGAUCUCAGACCCAGGUUGCAACAGACCUCUGUGUCUGGAGGGCACACUUGUCCACUGGCUACAUGAUGUGCUCCUUCCUUGUUGAUGAUCAUGUGGAGGAGCCUGAGUGCAGAAUGCAUCCCAGAGAAACAACCAGUCUUUAUCCAGGUCCUGACAUGGCAAAAAGCAAGAAUUCAUUCUUCACAGAAUGGACAAACUCCUCCUCCUGCUCCCCCUUCCCUCAGAGUGUGGCAUCAGUCACCCCUCAUUUGAAACUUUGACUGCACCUCUGAUAAACCAAAGAAUGAAAUGCCUGUAAAGCACAUGGAUAGAGCUACAUUCUGUGAAUGAGCCUCAAAAAAUCCAGAAUUCCAUCUGGGCCACAGUAAACAUCAGGAAAGUGACUUCCAGCUUGCCAGCAGCUGCAUCUCAAACCUACAGCUACCAAGAAGCCUGCUUGAGACCCUGGACCUUCUCACGUCUGGCAAGUGGGACCCUCACCAGCCUCUUCCUUGUUCUUCAGUCCCAGAGCACUUUUUUGUUGGACUUCAGACUUGAGUGCUUUUUGCUAGGCCUCCUCUCUUUUUUGUUCACCAUCUUGACAUCAAAGCCACCUUCUUCCUGAGGGGUGCUGGACAUCCCUGAUGUUCUGCCAUGUCUGAGCUUCUCUUGGAGGUGGAAUCAGGAUGUUCAUACGUGGACUAGCCUGUAGGCUGAUUGCUUAGCCAAGGGACUGGGUUUAGUGUUUAGAAAAGAGGGCUUAUGUUUUAUAUUUUGCAUACUAGAUGUCUUUUAUUAUUAUUGUGAAGUGGACGAGUCUAUAGCACAGGACAAGGAAUACUUUAAUAUUUUCCCACUAAACGGAUCUGCAGAAGAGUUUGUUCAUAGUAAAAUAAUAGACUGAAAUCGCAAGAAAUCGCCACCCCCUGCAUUCUCCUAAUGCACCCCUUCCUGCCUGUAAGCAGAGUCCCUUCAGCCAUUCCAAGUAAAAUGGCUUUUUUAAAAAAA